AUGGCACUUAAAAGGAUCAAUAAGGAAUUGCGUGACUUAGGUCACGACCCACCUUCUUCCUGUAGCGCCGGACCUAUCGGCGAUGAUCUUUUUCACUGGCAGGCUACUAUUAUGGGACCGGCUGACUCUCCAUAUUCUGGUGGUGUAUUCUUCCUUGCAAUUCACUUCCCUACAGAUUAUCCGUUUAAACCGCCAAAGGUAAAUUUUACAACGAGAAUUUAUCAUCCGAAUAUCAACAGUAAUGGUAGUAUAUGCUUAGAUAUUCUAAGGGAUCAAUGGUCUCCAGCUCUUACCAUUUCGAAAGUGCUUUUGUCUAUCUGCUCUAUGUUGACUGACCCUAAUCCAGAACAUCCUUACACACGUAUUCAAAUAUCAUAUUUAGAUGAUCCACUUGUACCUGAAAUUGCCCAUGUUUAUAAAACUGACCGUUCUCGCUACGAAGCGACUGCUCGUGAAUGGACACGCAAAUAUGCUAUUAUUCUGACUUCUAUUCUCAUCACUACUUACCAGUGUAACGGAAUGAAUAUGUUAGAAGAACAAAGAUGUGAAGAUAGAAAUACUAAUAAUAAAAAAACGGCACAGAAAUCAUAA